UUACGGGUCGGCAUGCGGCUGCCGCAGAAGGAAGUCGAGGACCUCAGGAAAGUGGAACAGGGAAGCAGCACCUGAAGACACCAAGUCAGACUUGUGUCCAUCCGCCAUUUCUCUCCUGUCAUGUCCUUUCCUCUGGACACUCACCGAGAGCGGAGGACACCAUUGGCUCUCCGGUCUUGCGGCUCACAGCCACCACGCCGAUUUCGUUGACGUCGGCAUUGUACUCGACCAGCGACUGCACAGAGGCAGACAGGCAGGCAGACCCAUGAGAGGCGGCUAAGUGAUCUCAUGCGGUCUCUCUACUGGCGUACCUUGACAAUCUGCGGCGGAGAGGGGCCAUCAGACGCGACUGCCAGAAUCAGCAAAGGUAUCCGCACAUAACCUGAUGCCAUCCAGACGUAAGCAGACAUAUCGCCCUUCGAUCUUUGUUUGCUUAUUCACUUACCGUCAAAGUUGACAUCUUCGCCCUCGAAUGGCUCGAUGCUCGCAGGCGAGAGGUCUCGCCAGUUGAGAACCUCCCCAUCCCUCGCCCGCACCUCUCCCACCGACAGCCCCUCGUCGUCACUCUCCUCCGUCGGCUUGAGGCUGUUGUCCUGCAGCAGUGUGUUGAGCGACCCAGCCGAGCCGUACCAGACGCAUGACUGAAGGGCCUGCUUCAGCACGAAGCCGUUCUUGUAUGCGAUCAUGGGCCUGGGCAGCGACGAGAGCACCGAGUGGUCCUCCUUGAGAUCGACACACUUGCGCCGCCCCUCUGGCGUCAACAGGUUGUGUGCGCAUGCCUCCCGGAUCGCUCGCGCUCUGGCCUUCAUCUCCAUCAUGCCCUUGGUCGCCUUGUCACGCAGCUCCUGCCUCUUCCUCUCGUGUGCCGCGGCCGCUGGCGGGUCGACACCGCCGCCCUCCUCCAUCGCACCAGCUGCAGCUGCCUGCAUCCAUCCAUCCACACAAACGGUGUGGUGUGUGUAUGGGUGCCCAUGGCAUAUAUGUGGGGGGUGUUGCCUUGCUUGCCGUGGGCUUGUAGGGUGCUCGUGUGCUGGCUCCUGCGGCAGUGUUGGUGGCCGUCUGCCCUGAACGGGCCGCCAGAUGCUUCAGCAGCACGGCCUCGCACUCCUGCGAAACACAACCGGGCGGACUCACUCACUGUGACGGCUCAUUGGACGCCAUUCCUUGACAGCUGACCUUCUGGCCGAGUAUUCGUGUGGCAUCGAGAGGCGUGUUGUUGUGCUCGUUGACAGCCCCAGGGUCCGCCUCCUUCUUGACCAGCCACUCGACCAUGCUGCACCAGCCGUUGGCGGCGGCGAUGUGCAGGGGCGUGUCGCCAGAUAUGUCCCUGGAGUUGAUGUCGAAGAUGCCACUGUCGUUCCCGCCGUGCUUGAUCAGUCCCUCCGCAUCGAGCACCUCGAUGGUGGCCAGGGCCUGCCGCUGCUGCGCCUCCGACGGAGCCCGCUUGGGCGCACCCAUGCACACCAGCUGAAGCAAGUCACGAGAAGCAAUCAUGGGGGGGCCUGAGAAGGAUGGCGGGGAGAGGAAAGGAAGGCGGAAGGUCACGCAUCAAGGUGAGGUCUUUGGUACCUACCGUGUCGGCGCUCAAACGUCAUGACUGCCGGGACUGUGGGGUCGGCUCUUGCCUCACGAAGGAGGAAACUGAGGAGAUCAGGACGGUGCCAAAUGGCAGCCGCACCUGCACACACACGGAAGCCAAUGCACUGAGGCUGUGUUUCAGCAAUAUCUUUCCUUGCCGCUUACCGACGGCGGAUGUGUUGAAGCUGAUCUUGCCGUCGUAAGUCAGCUUUGUCUGGCCGGCAUGUCCUCGUGCAUUCACAUCGGCGUUGUACGCGAGCAGCGUCUGCAUAACACAGACACAUGGAGGUAUCCUUACACGCAGCCAGCACGAUAGGCUCAUGGCGUACCUUCAUGAUCUGUAUGGGCGCGUUGGCCACGGCCGCCUGCACGACCAGGGGGGACGGCACAUAAUCUGAAUACACAGGCAGGAAGAGCACCAACGUGCACUAAGUGUCAAGCCGUCCAUAUCUCUCUCUGUCUGUGUCUGUCAGUCAGUCUGUCUGUCUGUUUGUCUGCGGACCUGCAGUGACCACAGUGAGAGGCUCGUCACGGUACAUGCACGAUGGGUCGAGAGCAUCCAGGGUCAGGUCACUCCACUUGAGCACCUUCCUUUCCUUCUUGGUCCGCACCUCACCCACAGCCAGCCUCUUCUUCUCUCUGUCAGUCGGCUUGAUGAGCGUCUCGCUCAGCAGCGCCUCGAGCGACCCGGCCGAAGCGUACACCACACACGCCUGCAGGGCGUGGCGGAAGAACACACCGCCCAGGAGGGACGGGUCGGGGAAGCAGGCAGUCGGCAGCUCGAAGCGGAGCUGGUGGUCCUCCUUGAGAUGCACGGCCUUGCGCUGAUCUUCCGGAACCAGCUGAUCGUGCGCGCACGCCUCCCGCACCGCUCGCACCAUGGACGCCUCCGCCACAACCAUGGACACCUCCGCCACAGCGACCACCCUCUGCGCCUUCUCCUCGACGUCGCUGUCGAGAUUGGCCGGGAACAUGAGCUGAAACAAGCUGCCGACAGGGGCCUUGCCCUGCUGCUGGGGGAGGUCUCGGUCGUGCUGGGGCAGCGAGAGCAGGGGUGUCGCAUGGCGGGAACCACCCUUCUUGGGCCCUGAGUGCCGCACGUUGGCACCCACCCCGUCCUCACCUUCCGACCCGUCAUCGUUGUGCUCCGGACCACGAGCUGUCCCCUUUGUGUCCGCCGAUAAAGGCGUAGCGGUAGCAGGACGAGUGGGCCCGUCCGGAGUGCCGGCGCUGCGGAGAUUGGCCGGGAAGAAGAAGAAGGGCGAAGAGCUGCCGCCGGGGGAAGGGGCCUUGCCCUGCUGCUGGGGGAAAUCUCUGUCAGGCUGGGGCAAGUGGGCGCACGGCUCUUCAUCGUUCUCCUCGUGAGAGUCGCUGAGGUGCGUGUCGUCUGCCGGCUUUGAAAAGUAGGGGCUCUGCUCGAUCUCUCGCUGGAGCGACUGAAGCAAGCUGAUGAUCUCGUUCGGCACAGGCAGCCGCUUCCGCGCCGUCGUGGUCACACCGGCGGCCGGAGAAGGCACAACAGGCGUGUCGUCUGGCUGCUCGUCACCUUCCCCCUCAGCCAGCCAGCCCCUCUGCCGCACCAUCUUGCCCAUCUGCCGCCUCGGCGCCUCGCCCACGCCUGCUGUGUCCUUGCUGCCCAUCAGUGAGCUGGGGCCGUCGCUGUCAGAGCUGUGGUCUCCCUCGAGCAGACCAGUGCCACACCAGGCCCCAGCCGACGGCCGAGCCGUCGCCGAUGACGACAUGCCCUUGGCGGUCGCAAACUCGACACUGCCAAAUGGCUCGUCCUGCAGCUUGGGGCUGAGGAUCACUCUGCUGACGUCAGGGGCGCCGUGGUGCCGGGAGGGAGUGGUAAACGGUGAUAGCUGAUUGGUCCGUUGGUCCUCACUAGCCGCACGGCGGUGAGCGGACGGCGUGGGUGUGGGUCGAGAUGCUGGGGCGGGUGGAGGGGGUCCGGAAGACUGGGAGUCGGGGAAACGAUCGGGCACCAUACCCUCUCUCUUGAGUUGCUCGUAUGCCUUCUUGUAACUCUGCCAGCCGCUGGAUCCUAUGCAAGUGAAGCUACCCACAGACACCCACCACACACAUAGAUGAGGCAUGCCGUGUUCGAUGCUUUCUUCUUAUGCAUCUCUCUCUCUCUCACCGUGCAACGCAUUUCCAGCAGGCCUCCUCGAGCCGCUUUCUGCUCUCCUCAUCAGCACCGGCCGACACUAUCCGAUCCACAUGCUGAGUGACACACAGGACAGACAGGCAGACACUCAAUAUGGGCGACAGUCCUUCAUCGCAGACGUCAAUGACUUACACAUGGACAGCAUCAUGAUACAUGUCGUGCAGGACCGACGUGUCUAUGAACACCUGACCGACGUGCACGUGUGCCUACCUCUCCGACGUCGGGCAGGUGUUUCUGCAGUAUGCUCAGUAUGGGGGUCUCGUCUGCUGAUGGGCUCACGUUGCGGAUGGCCGAGAGGCUCUCCUUCUUGGCCCGCAGGUAACGCCUAUACACACACGCAUCAGACGGUGUGAGAUGGGAUGGUGUCACGGCGAAACGAUGUGUGUGGCGUGGCCCACUUGCAGGCCUCUUUGACGUCUGUGUCGCUCAUGGUAUGGCAGCUGAUGGAAGUCGGGAUGUCCUCAGACGCACCAUCAGCCCUGCUACCAGUCCCCCGUCCAGCACUGGCCACCAACUUUUGUUGCUCGGCCUGUCGGCUGGGCUCCUCUGCUCGCAGCUUGUCGCGCUUCUCUUUGGCCGUUUGCCGUGCCGGCUGGGCUGCGGGAGGGGGCAGGGGAGGGGCUAUGGUGCUGGCUGCCUGCAGGUCCGCCGACGGAAAAGACGUGCUGCUGUAGGUGGUGAGGGGGUUCCAUCUGAUCAAGUCGAACCACAGGCUGCCCGCUCCCAAGGUCCACUCGACAGGCACCCCGGCGGCGGAUCCAUCAUGAAUGAACCAGUCCGAGGGCAGCACCUCCACGGCUGACAGCAGGACGAUGGUCUUGGGGUGGCUGCCGACGACCACUCUGCGGUCCAUCAGCUGCUCCAGCACCUUCCCCGCGAGUCCAUUCACGUCAACGCUGACGAGGCGCUCGUCCGUUUCGUGGCGCCGCCCCUCCUCGCGCGCCUGCUUGACCGCCUGCUUCAUUGUUGCGCCGACCGCCGUCUCGAAGUGUCCCUUCUCCUCUGGGGAUGGGGGUGCCGGUGGGGAGGGGUCGCUAGGCUCGCCCCCGUCGGCCAAACACACACAGAGGGGCUGCACGCAUACAAAUACAGAAAAGGCAUAACCAUAUGCGUGUGGGGGUUUAUGUGCUUCCUUACCCCGUGUCUAUACAGCCGACACCUGAGAGCGGCUGCCUGGAACACAGCAGUGCUCUGCAAGCGCACGCACAAGAAUCGGUUAUGGGGCAUGCGUUGCUUAAGGCCGACAGCGACCUCCUCCCUCCACGCACCACCAGGCCGGGAAAGCGAUGCACGCGCCUGCUCGGCAACCUCGACCACCAUGGCUUCGGUGUCAGGGAGGACGACACUGUCGCCAUUCUCAUCACAGACGAGCUUGCGAUUGCACUCGCCCUUGCUGACGCCACCAGCAUCUACGAGAUCCUCCUGACGCAGAGAGAGGUUGGGUAUCUGCACACAGGACCAAACACAUCCACACCCGCAAUUCACCAGUGUUCGGGUGCGCGUGUGUGCGUACGCGCACCUUGACAGGAGCUGCAUGUGGCCUCUGGAUGACAUCACUGCCUGCAGACGGUGCGCCCCUCCUCUCGUCGCCACCCUUGCCGCCAUGGCUGGCCUUCCCGGCCGAUGACGCACUGCUGGCAUGCUGCGGUGUGUGAGGGGCGAUGGGCAAGGAAGUAGAGGGGACUCUUAUCUGCUCCUUCGUGGCCCUGCCGCGCCCAAUGGAGUCUGCCGGCGGGUCGUAGCCUCUAUCUUGGGUGUUCCUGUCGUCGUCGAGUGCCUUGUUGCCGCCAGCCAGGCAUUUCCGCAGGUUCAUGGAGGAGUCAUUCAUCGACGCAGCUAGAUCACGAUAUAUCGCUCAUUGUGGCUUCUGGUCUGUCCGGUGCUGCAUCCUCACAGCCUACCUCCUGCUGUCCUCC